CCCCCCUCUCCACCACCACCACCAGCAGCAGCAGCAGACUCACUCACUGCUGCUCUUCCCUCAUCCGCCGGGCUGCUGAGAGAGGAAACCGGAGAUGGCGAGCAUCAACAUGGGGCCGAGAGCGCUGCCGCUGCUGCUACCGGGGCUCGCCUGGCUCCUUCUGGGCUUCUACGCGGCCGACGUCCGCGGUCUGAACGGCGACGAGGACCAGGGCCAGGACACCGAGUGCAAGAUGAAGAGCGUCACCGUGUCGGCGCUGCCUUUUCUGAGGGAAAACGACCUGAGCAUCAUGCACAGUCCGUCGGCCUCCGAGCCCAAGCUGCUGUUCUCCGUCAGGAACGAUUUUCCCGGAGACGUCGUGGUGGUGGACGACCUGGAAAACACCGAGCUGCCCUUCUUCGUCUUGGAGAUCUCUGGGAACUCGGAGGACAUCCCUCUGGUACGCUGGCGGCAGCAGUGGCUGGAGAAUGGCACUCUGCUCUUCCACAUCCACCACCAGGACGGCAGCCUGAACCUGCCAGAGCCGACCGAAGACCCAGCCAACGAUUCUACGAAAGAGGAGCUCCGCAUCCUGCACAUCUCUGUGAUGGGCGGGAUGAUCGCCCUUCUGCUGUCCAUCCUGUGCUUGGUCCUGAUCCUCUACACUCGCAGGCGCUGGUGUAAACGCCGCCGCAUUCCUCAGCCCCAGAAGAGCGCCAGCGCCGAGGCGGCUAAUGAGAUCCACUACAUCCCGUCGGUGCUGAUGGGAGGCCAGGCUCGGGAGAGCUUAAGGAACUCCCGGGGUCAGGGGCCGAACUCCAGCGGUACCCUCAGCAUCCGGGAGACACCGAUACUGGAUGGGUAUGAGUACGACAUUACCGACCUGCGUCACCAUCUGCAGCGGGAGUGUAUGAAUGGUGGGGAGGAAUUUGCCAGCCAAGUCACCCGUACCCUGGACUCCCUCCAGGGCUGUAAUGACAAGAAUAAUAUGGACCUCGCACCUGUGAGUGACAACACCAAGUUGGCCCUGAUGAAUAAGUACAAGGACAACAUUAUCGCUACGAGUCCCAUUGACAGCAACCACCAGCAGAACACACUGCUUCCACACAACACCUCCACCAGCCAACGCAAACGUCUCUCCAGCAACACCCGUGCGGGUUCAACUUUCUUGAACCCAGACGGGGACUCUGGGACGGAGGCAGACAGCGAGCCUCAGCUGGCCUUUUACACCGACCCAAACCGCAGUCGCCGCCGGAGUCGAGGUAUGAGAAAUGGUAACGCCAACAGCGCGUGGGGCUCAGGGGCAGGUUCCCCACGGAGCCCCAUCAAUAAGACCACCCUGACUCUGAUCAGUGUCAUCAGCUGUGUGAUCGGCCUGGUUUACUCCUCUCACCUCGCCUGCAGCCUCUCGGUCCGAGUGAUUCUCCAUGUGCCGGAGCAUCUCAUCGCCGACGGAUCAAGGUUCAUUUUGCUGCAGGGGAGCCAGUUGGAUGCCUCAGACUGGCUCAACCCGGCUCAGAUCUUGUUGUACUACCAGCAGAAUGCCAGCGGGCCCUGGGUCAGCGAGCUGUGUGGACGACGUCUCCUGGAUCCCUGCGAGCACCAGUGUGACCCUGAAACAGGAGAAUGCCUUUGCCUCGACGGCUAUAUGAAGGACCCGGUGCACAAGCAUCUCUGCAUCCGCAGUGAGUGGGGACCCAAUCAGGGUCCCUGGCCUUACACCAUCUUCCAGCGUGGUUUUGAUCUUGUGAUGGGAGAACAACCCUCUGAUCGCAUUUUCAGAUUUACAUACACCUUAGGAGAGGGAAUGUGGCUGCCAUUGAGUAAAAGCUUUGUCAUCCCUCCUGCUGAGCUUGCCAUCAACCCCUCAGCCAAGUGCAAGACAGACAUGACAGUCAUGGAGGACGCGGUGGAUGUAAGAGAGGAAUUGAUGAUCAGUUCAUCCUUCGACUCUUUGGAGGUUCUCCUGGAUUCUUUUGGACCCGUCAGAGACUGCACCAAAGACAACGGAGGCUGCAGCCGCAACUUCCGCUGCAUAUCUGACCGAAAGCUCGAUUCCACCGGCUGUGUGUGCCCUCCAGGGCUGAGUCCGAUGAAGGAUGGGACCGGGUGCUACGACCACCACAUUGGCAUCGACUGCUCCGAUGGCUUCAAUGGAGGCUGCGAGCAGCUGUGUCUCCAGCAGCUGGCUCCUCUAGAGGAUGACCCGACGCUCUACAACAUCCAGAUGUUCUGUGGCUGCAUCGAGGACUACAAGCGAGGUCCAGAUGGGAGAUCGUGCCUGCCACUGUCUGAGGCCUGCACUGAGGGCAUCGACUGCGGGGAAUCAGCAGACAUCCCCGCCAACCAGACUGUGUUUGGAGACCUUUUCUACGGAUACAACAACCACACCAAAGAGAGCACCCCUGGACAGAUCCUCAAGGCCACGUUCAGGCAGAAGAACUUUGCCCGAGGCAUCGAACAGCAGCUCCCAGAUGGCAUGGUGGUGGCAUCGGUGCCAACAGAGGUUCAGUGCCAUGAGGAGCUGUCAGACCCUGUGCCCGACCCAGAAUACCUCACAGGGAUGGUGAACUACAGCGAGGUGUCUGGCUACCCCCUCGUUCAGCACUGGAGUCUGCGCUCGGUGCUCUACCACGUCAAACUCAAUCAGUGGGUCCUCUCUCAAGCCUUCAGCUCGGCCAUCCAUUCUCUGGACGGGGCGACGCAGCGGAGCGACUUUGUGUCCAUCCUCAGGGAGUUUGGGAACCAUUACGUGCAGGAGGCGGUCUACGGCUUCCAGGAGUCCUGCACCAUCUGGUACCCCAACAAACAGGUCCAGAGACAGCUGUGGAUGGAGUACCAGGACAUCAGCAAAGGUAAUUCGCCUUCAGAGGAGUCCGAGGAGCGCGACAAGGAGCCCAGGACGCUGACUUUCCCCGCAUACAUCGCCAGCCUUCUGGACACUGGUGCUAAACGCAUGGCGGCCGGCGUUCGCAUGGACUGCACGAGCCAGGGCCAGUGUCCUCGCUCCUGCCACCUCUGCCACAUGAGCCCGAGGGCGGCACAAGGCCGGCAGCAGUCUGAGCCCGUCCUGCUGCAGAUCACCAAGGCUGCACCCAUCUACGAACUGGUAUCCAACAACGAGACCUACCAGGCUCUUCAGGAGGCGAUGAUGAGCAUGCUGUGGUGCUCAGGCAAAGGUGAUGUUAUCGAUGACUGGUGUCGAUGUGAUUCCAGCGCUUUUGGCACAGACGGACUGCCCACCUGCGCCCCACUCCCUCAGCCUAUGCUGAAACUGUCUUACACCUAUGAGCCCAGCAGCUCAUUGGUCAUCAUGGAGUGGAACCACACCGAGCCGCCAAUCGGUGUCAGGAUUGUUGAUUAUCUCAUCAGCCAGGAGAAGGUGACAGAGAGGACCGACCACUCUAAAGUUGAGACAGAAACCCUUCUGAGCUUUGUGGAUGACAUCUUGUCUGGGGCCAGGUCUCCAUGUGUGAUGCUCGGUGACAUCCCUAACCUGCUGUCCUCCUCCAUCAGCAUGAUAAUCCGCUGCCUGGAGCCUGACACCACAUACAUGUUCCGGCUGUGGGCAGUAGACAACACAGGGCGCCGUUCCAGCCCAAGUGAGGUCACCAUCAAAACUCCGUGUCCAACUGUGGAUGACGUCAAAGCACAAGAAAUUGCAGAUAAGAUCUACAACCUGUUUAAUGGUUACACCAGUGGGAAGGAGCAGCAGACAGCAUACAACACUCUGAUGGACCUGGGCGCCCCUACUCUGCACCGAGUGCUUUACCACUACAACCAGCGCUACGAGAGCUUUGGAGAAUUCACCUGGAGGUGCGAGGAUGAGCUAGGACCCAGGAAGGCCGGCCUCAUCCUCUCCCAGCUUGAGGAACUGUCUCCGUGGUGUAAGGGUCUCCUUCAGGAGCCAAAGAUCGGCCUUCGCAGGAUGUCCCUCAAGUUCCUGUCCUGCCGUUACACCGACACCAAGGCCUUUGGGCUGAACUGGUCAGACAUGGGGCAAGACGUACACAAGGCCUGCGACGAGCAGACGCUCGCUGUCAUGUAUAACGACUACGGUGAGCCCAAGGAGCUCUAAAGGUUUAGAUUUCAGUUUGGAUGUGCACAGGAGUGUGAGAGAUUUAUCGGAUCAAACAAAUAACAUAAUAAAAUGCAGGUUUUACACGUAUUUCUCCAACUUAAAUGCAUUUAUGAUCUCAUACACAAAUGCCACACAUUAUUCGAAAUGACAUUUACUUUUUUUAGCUUUACUGGCACCAGAAGCAAAUAUAUUUUAUGUUCUGUGGCACCUGGUGGUCUCUGAAGCCUUGAUGUCCGUUAGACUGGAGCUGUGUUCAUUCAAACCUCUUUGCUGAGCUUUGUCUGAGCAGUGAAGUCCAUUCCUCUCUGGCAAUGAUGAGUUAAAAUGAACACAAUCUUGAUAGGUACACAAGGAUGCUUGAUAUAAGCUUCACAGUAAAAAAUGUCUUUCCUUCAUGACAUUGAUCAGGUCUCGCUGCUCAUUCCUGUAUAAGGCUGCUAUAAAUAUAUCUAAAUAUUUCUUUGAUGUAAAUCAGAAUCUUAUGGACCAAAGCUGUAGUACAUGAAGCAGCUGCAGGCAUGAGACAAAACUGUUUACUUUGCAUUCAAGACUAAGUUUUCAUUCGAUUAAAGGCUGAUGUGUCUAAAUUUUAAUAUUAUGAAUCUGUGUUUCGUGUGAAAUAUUGCAGGCAGGAAUGCAUGGGCCUCUAUAGUUAGGAAUCCCAACAUAGAUACAAAAUCAGCAUUAGUCAGUGGUAUCUGGGUACAUUUUUAAAAACUCUAAACACCACUUGGAACACAUCUCUGACCCUCAAGACAAUAUGAUCCCGACUUUAUGCUAAUUCUAUGACUUUGUUAAUCAAUUCAAAAAUGAAAAAUAACAUGAUUGGGGGAAAAACAAAUAAAUGCUUUUACAUUGUUUUGUUUUGUCUUCACUAAUGACAUGAACAUGGAACUAAACAUGUAAUUAAUUUUACUAUUUUGUUGUAUCUUGACAAUCUCUAUUUUACAUUUAUUUUACCUUUAGUCACAAAAUUUGAAUCUACAUUGCAUCCAGACAGGAAAAGCUGAUUUCAUUUGGGUUUGACAUUUUCAGUCAGAUAUUGAAAGGUCAGAUGUCAGACACAAAUGUCAAACAUCAGCUCCUUUGUGCCUGUUUAAAUCCAAACUUAGUCAUAUCUUCAGAAGUUUUGGUCAGAUGUGACAUAAGGCACCUCCUGAUGUGGAACAACAGGCUAAAGAGUAGCCGGUGAUGGUGGCUGUAGGCAGCCUGGAUGCAGUUAGUUGUUUUUUAGGCCUGAUUUACAACCUAAAGUCAGUUUCUUGUAAAGUUUACAUGAGAAAUGGACUCAGGAGAUUCUGCAUCCUAUAAAGACUUUCCAGUUAAAACUCAUUGUAGCUUCGGUUUCACUGGCACAUUCCAGCCACUGCUAUAUAUAAAUAUUUUACUGGUUCAUUGCUUCGACGCUUGCCGCAUUUAUUAUGAAUAACUUCAGCACACCCAGCAGGUGAGCACUUGGGCUCGACAUCAAAUAUCUGUGAACAGUCCUGGCGUUGCUUGCUUCGUUGCUUUUUCAUCGAGACAUUUGGCUUUUAACUGACUUCUCCUUGUACAUAUUUUGAAUGAAGGGUGCCUCAUAAUCAAGUAGUUAGAGACCUGGUUUUUCUUAUGUCAUUCGAACAUGUUGAGAAGUUAAUGCAGAGCAACAUACUGAAGGAAUUGUCAUGUAGCGACACUGGAGAAGAAAAAAAAGCCAGUAUUUUGUAAAGUUCUAUGUGUUUCUAUAGAAAAGAAGAGGUAGCAUGUAAGCAGAUGGAGCUUUACUAGAAAAGCAAAAUAAAGAAAGGUAGAACUAUGUAGACGACAGGGUGGUCUGAUGAGAAUUAAUUUAGUUUAGAUGUUCAAAUGGAAACCUGUACAUAGCAUUAUCAUAAGGUUUUAGUGAUUAACCUGCUGAAUGUAGUGUUGAUUGCAUAUAGAUAUGAAGCUGUUCUAAUGGAGUUGUACUAAAUAACCUGCCAAAAACAGUAUUUUUUAAAUCAUUUUAAAGUUCUCAUCUGAUUCAAAACAUCAAAUCUAACUAAUGAAUGCUUUAAAGGUGAUAAUUCUGUAUUGAAAUUGUAAUUUAACUCAGUGUUUUCAGCUGCAUCUCUGUAUGUUGAUAGAAUUACGUCUUUAAAAAGAUCAUUUUGAAAAUGUCCACUAAUCCAGUGUGUUUACUGUGAACGUAUUUUUACUUUGAUUCAACUUAAUUUGUUUUAAUAUUAUAUGUUCUUUUAGCCGUGUGCAGUGGCCAUGUUGGAGAUUGAUGUCAAAGAAAUGCAGAUGUAUAUUAGCUGUUAAUUUUUAACAAAUCUCAUAUGUGAAUACUAAAAUGGACGCUUGUAGAUUUUUGUAUAGGCAGCAAAGUAUUUCAUAAAUGCAUCACAUUAGAGCACAGCAUAGUGUGUUACUUCUGUAUAUAAAUGUACAACAGGUGAUAUUUUACAGCAUUUAUGUGUGCUUUAGUAGAUACAAUAUUGUACUGUACUAUCUGCUGUGUAUCUUAGUCUUUGCAGAUGAAUGCACUGAUUCCAGAAGGUUUGACUUUGAUCUGAUUUUGAUCUAAAGAUGCUACACACUGUUAACUGGAAUUUGACUUAACUUUUGUCGUGAAAUUAACUCGAAGAUUAAAAAAAAAAAAGAACAAGCCAACAAGAUAGAGACCCAUUUGAUCUUUGAGAAAUAUGAAAUACUAUCUGCAUGAUAUACUGUCUCUGCUGUAUGUGGCAUCAUAAACUCAACUUUUUUCACUUUGAUCUUUGCUACUUCCAAGAACAAUAAAGAAUAUAUUAUAAA